GGAAUAAUAUGCGCAAAAUUCAGAAUAAAAUUAUGAAUGACUCUGAUUCUGAGAACGAGGACAGCGAGUACUUGGUUUUUGCGGAUUUUAAAAACCAAUUACCACCUCAUCUGCUGAAGCACGAGAAUUCUGCCAUUAAAAUUAUAGGAGUUUAAAGCGACAGCCCCUUGGCGGAGGUAAAUGGCUGCAUUUACAAAGGCACCUACGAGCACUCCUUGGGAACAAAUGUGUUUUUCGAAAAAGCCGCGGAUCGUUCGCCGGCUGACCCGCUUUUCGAGUCGUCCUGUCGACAAAAGUACCAAUAUCUGGAUAAGACUGACAAAGUCAUUUCCUUUGAGCGGGUUUACAUAGAGAAUUUGCCGCCAGAUCCUGAAAAAUCAACAGAGGUGCCAGAUACCACUACCGAAGAAACAGAAACACCGCCGAAAACGAAGGUGAAUAUCAACUACAAGGAAGCUAUUAACAAGUUCGGAGAGGAGCAUUAA